CCUUCUUAACCCAAAUUCAACUCCUUUCUGUCAUAAUGGCCAUUUACCGAGUGUGCUUCCUCAGUCUCCUGAUCGCCGCUGGCGCAUCGGCUUUCCUCACGGAGGAACAGUACCCCUGGAAGCCCGCGGGGCCGGGUGACCUGCGCUCGCCGUGCCCGGGCCUGAACGCCCUGGCCAACCACGGGCUGCUCCCCCGAGACGGACGGAACAUUGACUUGGAGACUCUCGGCGAGGCGACCGCGCUCGGCUACAACAUGGAACACAACACGAUGCUCGCCGUCGGGAUCCCCUCCCUGACGACGUCGACUACGGGCAACGCCUCGACUUUCCACCUCAGCGACGUCAACCAGCACACGCCGCAAGUCACCGAGCACGACGGCAGCUUGACGCGGGACGACGCCUACUUUGGGGACAGCAACACCUUCAGUCCGGCGGCGUGGGGCCGCGCGCUGCACUCCUGGGGCGAUAUCGAGAUCAUUGAUUUCCCCGCUGCCGCCAGAGAGAUCAAGGCUCGGUUUGAAUGGGGCGAGAUCCACAACCCGGAGUUCAACGGCACGUUCGCGAGGACCGGGUCGCUGCUCCAGUACGCGCUGCUCCUGUCGGCAUUCGGGGACUACGGGAACGCCAACAUGACCCUGGUCCGGUAUUGGGUGGAGCACGAGAGGCUGCCGUUGAAGCUCGGAUGGCAGCCCCCCGCGGCCAAUAUCAAUUCCACCAUGAACAGGCUCAUUGCCGCGAAUAUUUCCGCGCUCUGGGUGUGAGCUGCGGAUACAAGCUUUCCCGGGCAGUUCGGGCGUCGGUGCUAGUGUUUGCUAGCCUUUGGAGGGCGAUGAGCGUGGCGGAACGCCUCGUCGUCUAAUUUUCUUUUCUUGCUCUCGCCCUUCAUUCAUCUUGAACGGUAUUGGUUGUCUGUGAUGCGCUAAGAGGAGCCUGAUUCAUGAAGUGUGGCACGCCGAUUGUGUCUCGGAUAGAUUACAAGCAUAUCCGGAUUGUCCCACGUAGGUAUGUUGUCAUACAUUAAACUUGGC